CAAAGAUGGGAGGGGGGAGGGGAACACCUUUGGGAGUCAACAAACUGCAGUGUGUAUUCCUUCUCCGGACGACAAAACCAGUUCAGCUGAUGUGAAAUGAUGACUUAGCUCGCAGCGUUACAGGUGACUGGAGAAAGGCUGGAGCUGGAGCCGGAGGAGCGGCCGAACACGGACCCGAGACGGUGUGUGCCCCCAUGGAGCCGGCGCACUGAACUCUGGUGGAGGUGAGCACCCAGCCCGAGAGCGCUGCCCGGGACCAGCGCGUCACCUGAAUGACGGGAUAUGAGACAAUGAAGCAACUUGGGACAACGGGAAUAAAACGAGUCCAAGUCACGAGAGUGGAAACGCGCCUGCAAUGACGGACGGCGCGAGGAAAGGGGAAGAGAUAAAGCAGGAGAAAGUUAAUUAGUCAGUAACAGGGCCCCCGGUGCUGGAUGCAAGGAAGAGAAGGGAAAGAAGAACAGAUGUGCCAAAUGCGCGUCUCCUUAUAAACAAAUCUACUGUUUCUAAGCCGAUUGUGUUUUCCAAAAGAAGAGACUUGAGUAAGAAAAGGACAAAGUCAUGGAGCCGGAGGGGACCACGGAGGGACCAGCCAGUACUAAUAUGGCCCAAUCUGCCGCCUCCAAACUGUCCCAGAUGGGCGAAAGAACUAAACAACUGGGUAAUGUGAUACAAGACCCAGAACGGCAGAAACGGAUUAUUCUAGUAAUAGUCUGUAUAGCACUUUUGUUAGACAACAUGCUUUACAUGGUCAUUGUGCCAAUUAUACCCGAUUAUCUUGAAGGGCUACAGAGUCAAGCGGAUCAUGCCCACGCUGCUGGAAAGCGCACCAACUUCACCAACAGCACCACCAACAAAGUAGGAAAGGAAAACUUCGACGUACAGAUAGGUGUUCUGUUUGCUUCCAAAGCCAUCCUUCAGCUGCUUGUAAACCCGUUAAGUGGUACCUUUAUAGACAGGGUCGGGUAUGAUAUUCCACUUUUCAUCGGACUUAAUGUCAUGUUUCUCUCCACUGUUAUAUUUGCCUUCGCUGAAAACUACUGGACUCUGUUCCUGGCGCGUAGCAUGCAGGGCCUCGGCUCGGCUUUCGCGGACACUUCAGGGAUCGCCCUGAUCGCAGAUAAAUAUACAGAAGAAACCGAGAGGAGCAAAGCGCUGGGUGUAGCCUUAGCUUUCAUCUCCUUCGGAAGUCUCGUGGCGCCCCCCUUUGGAGGGGUCCUUUAUGAAUUUGCAGGGAAGCGGGUGCCCUUUCUGAUUCUGGCCUGUGUUUGUCUUAUUGACGGUGCACUGUGUCUGACCGUUCUCAAACCCUUCUCCAACCGGGAGAGGGAAAACAUGCCAGUGGGCACCCCCAUACAGAAAUUGAUGAUUGAUCCUUACAUAGCUGUUGUGGCGGGGGCUCUGACCAUUUGUAACAUCCCCCUGGCCUUCCUGGAGCCCACCAUCGCCAACUGGAUGGAAGAAACCAUGCAUUCGAGCCAGUGGGAGAUCGGCAUGACAUGGUUCCCUGCCUUCUUCCCGCAUGUUUUAGGUGUAUUUAUCACUGUCAAAUUAGCAGCCAAGUACCCCCACCUGCAGUGGUUUUAUGGGGCUAUAGGUAUGGUGUUUAUAGGUGCCAGCUCCUGCACUGUGCCAGCUUGUAAAAACUUUGGGCAGCUCAUGAUCCCGCUGUGCGGAAUCUGUUUUGGCAUCGCCUUCGUGGACACUGCGCUCCUUCCCACUCUGGGCUUCCUCGUGGACGUACGACACGUGUCUGUGUAUGGCAGUGUUUACGCCAUCGCAGACAUUUCCUACUGCGUGGCCUAUGCCCUGGGGCCCGUGGUGGCAGGGAAGAUCGUGCACGACCUGGGCUUUGUUCAGCUCAACUUGGGCAUGGGCCUCGCUAAUGUACUUUACGCCCCGGCGCUCCUUCUUCUGAAGAACGUGACAAUGAUGAAGCCGUCAUACUCUGAAAGAAAUAUGCUCCUGGAGGACGGCACAACAGGACUGUACGACACAAUUAAGAUGGAGCAGCGAGAGAAGAAGAGAAAGGAGUUGUGUACCACAGUCGACGAGAAUGGCAUUGACAGCUUUGCGCAGCGCUUCUAUUCAGAGGAGGAAUCCUCAGGGGGAGAGUAUGCGUAAAAGACCUUUAACUGAGUGUGCAAGUGUCAAAGUGCCAUUGUAAAACUAUGUGCAUCUCGCCCGAUCCAAUCAAUUGCAUAACUCGAUUAGGAUUGUGUAAUAACAUCAAUUAUUUACUGCUUUUGGGGACAGUUUCUGUGGCUAUUGUAAAAUCAAGUAGUUUCAAACGGUUGAAUUAGAAAGACGCUCCCUGGCGUUUCUUCAUCAUAGUCAGAGUUUAUUGUGAAAGAUUUGUUGAAAUAAAUGUCUAUUUAUUACAAGUAUUUAUCACUGUAUCAGAAAUGUCAUAUUCAGGGAUUAUGUGUUAAUGUAUUUUAGCAAAAGAACGAUUGUAUUGUAAACGCCUUCCAGUGUAAGCUGUGUUUAUUUUUGCCAGAGUUGUGCUGCUAACUAAAUAUGCAAUACUGUGUGUGACGACAGCUGAAGAAAGACGAAACAGCGGGAAAUGAAAUCUGCGUCUUGAUGUCUGAUUAUUUUUCUUUAUUUUGGAUGAUGUACUGCUGGAAUGCAUAGCCUCAUGGAUGUAUGAUCUGCGA